AUGGAUAUGAGGGGGGUUUUGAUAGUUGCUAUUGUAUUGUGUACACUUUCAUUAUAUCCUUAUGAAGUUAAAGCACAAUCAAUGGAAUUAUCAAGAGAAGAAGAGUUGGAAAUAGAAAACCAACUUGAGAGAUUGAAUAAAUCAUCAAUCAAAAUUAUAAAAACACAGAGUGGAGAUAUUUAUGAUUGUGUUAAUUUUUAUGAACAACCAGCGUUUGACCAUCCUUUACUAAAGAAUCACAAAUACGAUUUUCAGAUGAGACCUUCUUCUCGUCCUAAGGGGGCGAUGAAUGAAAACAAGCCUACAAAUAAAGAGAGGCAUCAAUCGAUUGUUCAUACAAAGCCUGAUCCUAAAAAGAAGUACAAUGGAAGUGGAACAACUGCAAGUUUUUUCACACUCGAUAAUGUCAGUGGCUCACAAUAUAGUAAAGGUCAAAUGAAAAUACAAAAUGGAAAUGAUUUUAUUCAAGUUGGUUGGACAGCAGGUGAAGUAUCUUGUUUUAAUACGUUGUGUCCGGGAUUCGUGAUAGUUAGUACUGAAAUUCCUUUGGAUCAAGUUCUACCGGAAUCCCAUCCUGGUGGAAAUUCUUCACAAGUAGUGAAUUUCUUUGUUUAUAAGGAUCAAGUUACCGGAAAUUGGUGGCUUGAGCUCGGAAAUAAGUAUAAUGAAAUUGGAUAUUGGCCAUCAAAAAUAUUUAGUGAUGGUGGCUUAAAAGAUUUGGCUACAUAUGUCGAAUGGGGAGGAGAGACUUACAGUCCACCCGGUCUACUUGGUCCUCCGAUGGGUUCUGGUUGGCUUUUGAAAGGGAAUACUGCAGAUGAUGCAUAUUGUAAAUUCUUAACAACUAUCAAUGAGGCACAUAAGACAGAAGAAGAUGCUACAAACACAUUAAAAUAUUCGGUGGAUGUUGACUUUUAUGAAGUUGAAGAUUGGGGAUUUAGAAGUGAACUUCGACAUAUUAUGACAUAUGGAGGACCUGGCCCUAAAUGA